CGCAGCUAGAUGACAACACAAAGCAUAAAGGGGAAAUGAUUCUCCGAGCUUUUUUCUGUUCUGUUUGAAUGCUUUUGUUCUUAUAGGGAAGUCUACGGAGGAGAUAUCAGGUAGUAUGAGAGACAGACUAGUUGACCUGCAGGGGGUGGCCCCCACUCCUCCAGACACGGAUGAAAGGGGUCAGGGCAGCGACGAUGAGGGAGAGCUGGAGCAGCAGUCAGUGGUGUUUGAAAGCGAAGAUCGGAUGGACAGCAUCUUCACAGAAGCCCAGUCCAUGAGGAAGGAGAUUGCUCUGCUCCGGAUGGAAGUGAAGCGUCUGGGCAAGCAAAACAGCCGAUUCCUCACCUCUGUCCGGCGGAUCAGCUCCAUCAAACGAGACUCCAACACCCUGGCCAGGGGCAUCAAGACCCGGGGGGAGGGCAUCUACAGACGGCUGGAGAAGAUCGGCAUGCAGCACAAACAGCUGGAAGAAGAGGACGGGGCCAAUUCUGCCCUGGUCCGCAUGGUUCGUUCUCAGUAUGUUUCUCUCACCGGGGCCUUCCACGAGGCCAUGUCUGAGUACAACCAAGCAGAGAUGAGCCAGAGGGAGAACUGCAAGACCCGGAUCCAGCGCCAGGCAGAGAUCAUGGGCAAGGAGGUGACCGGCGAACAGAUCGAGGAGAUGGUCGAGACGGGGAAGUGGAAUGUGUUCUCUGACAACCUCCUGACGGACGGGCGGACGGCACGCUCGGCUCUCACAGAGAUCGAGAAGCGGCACAAGGAACUGUUGGACCUGGAGAGUCGAAUCAAGGACAUCCAUGAGCUGUUCUUUCAGAUGGCUCUGCUGGUGGAGGAACAGGGGGCCAUGGUGGACAACAUAGAGGCCAACGUGGCCGCCACUACAGACUUUGUGGGCAAGGGCCAGGUUCAGAUCAAGAGGUGUGUGACGUACAAGAAGAAGAGCCUCUGUAGGAGAAUGUUCUGUUGUUGUUUCCCUUGCUGCAACAAGUGAGAUUGACGGAGACAUCAGUGUUGUAUUUCAAGUCACUCUUAGAAAAAGGUUUCUUCAAAGGGUUCUCCAAUGGGUACAGCCGAAGAACGCUUUUAGGUUCAAGAUGGCACCUUUUUUUCCCCCUAAGUGUAGGCUGCCUUUUCCUAUCAAGUGUUUUCAUGGCCAUGAAAAUGUACUUGUUUACACAACCGCACACGUAUGUACUUGAUGCUGAAGAUUUUCAGAUGUACAGUAUAUUUGUUUCAUACACUGAUUGUACAAAAGAUUAUUGAUGUCACUUGUUAUCCACUUCAAUCAGUGUAGAUGAA